AUGACCGACAACCGACAACCCAAACUGGAGGUAAAUAUAAAAUCAGACUCACCUUCAAACCAAGUGGUCCCGAAAGACAGCGUAGAAACAAAGCCAGAGACAGAACUGCGGAGAUCACAAAGGCCAAGCCAAAUUGCAGGACGUCUACAGCAAUUAAGUACGAGAAGUUUCGAACUCAAACACAAAGUACUAAAGCUUAAAGAAAAGCCAAAAAGCGAUAAAAGAGAAGCAAAGAUCGCUAAACUAGAAAAAGAAAUAGCUGGCGUCGAUAAAGAAUUCAUCGACAUAUACGAAAGAAACAAAACAGAAAUCCCGGCAUUCGACAAAAGCCUUUCAUCAACCCAAGAAGAUUACUCAUCCGAACAGACGGAUACAGAAGAGGAAAUGCCUAAUACCCCAACACCGUCGCCAGGGCCACCAGGCCAACAAGGACCGCCAGGCCAACAAGGACCACCGGGACAACCGGGGCAAGAUGGCCAGCCGGGGCAAGAUGGACAACCAGGACAACAAGGCGCUCCAGGGCAAGUUGGCCAGCAAGGACCUCCAGGCAACCAAGGACCUCCAGGCAACCAAGGACCUCCAGGCAACCAAGGCCCACCUGGACCCCAAGGACCUAUUGGACAAGUAGGCGCCGGAGGAAUCGACCCAGGAGAUUUCCGAACAUUUUCAGCAGCCAUGACAACGGGAAUGCUAAAUCUAGCAGCCGUCAAUUAUAGAAAAGAUAUUCCAGAAUUCAGUGGCGACCUCGACGACAACACUACAUUUGAAAGCUGGCUAAAGAAAGCAAACAGAGUUGGCGUAGAAGCUGGAUGGACCGAAGAUCAGAAGUUGAAAUUUUUCCAGUCCAAACUAAGGAGAGCAGCAGCUGCAUUUAAUAAUUCGCUAGGAGUAAAUAUCAAAGCGAACCUUGCAGCGUGGACAGCAGCCAUGGAAGCGGGAUUCGAUGACGCGACGAUACAAGAUAUGAGAAGGGCACAACUCAGCAAGAUAGAGCAGAAAUUCAACGAACGCAUACGAGAAUACAGACACCGCAUCGACGAGCUAUACAAAUCGGCCUACGGAAGAGCAGCCGCAGAAAGCCAGGACGCUGAAGUAAUUCAACUAAGAAACGCUGUUAAAAAGGAGGCUUUGUUGAAAGGAAUGCGCCUAACUAUCAGGACAAGCCUAUGGAAUAGCUUGAAAGCAACGGAUACUUACGAAGAAGUAGUGGAAAAAGCACAAGUAUGCGAACAAGUCGUGGACUUGCGACGCCUGACAGAGGAAUCAGAAGCCCAUAAAAAAGCGGAGCAACAAGAAAACGAGAAAAACAAAAAUCCCGAAUUGCAACAGAUUAUGCAAGCUAUAGCUAACAUACAGUUGUCUGCUGACUCCGCAGGUGUAGCAGCAGGAACGGUAGCACACAUAUCCGAACAGAAGCAAGAGGGAGAGAAACAAGUCCGUUUUUCCGGAAGGAGCAGAAGUUACAGCCCAAGAUAUAGAGAAAGGCAAAACCCGGAGGACGUGGACGGACGCACGCGGUAUUACCCGCUGGGACAAAGAUCGCAAAGUAAUAACGACUGGAGACAGAAUCGCCGUCAAGGAGCACAAGAAACACAACCACAAAGGAGUAAUUCGCUAAAUCGUACUCCAGAAAAUUGGAAUAACCAAAGGAACGGAGGGUUCCCGGGAGGACUUGAAGACAGAACCUGUUUCUUUUGCAAGAAUAAAGGACACAUAAAAAGAGCUUGUCGCAAAUACCAAAGAUGGCGCGAAGAAAAUGUGAGAAGAAAUCAAGCUCCCAGAGACCUAACCAGGAGACCGUUCAACAACUACAAGAACGUACGGAAAUAA